UUUGCUUCAGUCCUAUCCAGAAGUUGCCUCCUUUACCCUUGAGAAGGUCUUUCACAGCAUCCAUUUCUUCUUGGUUCUCGAUGGUGGCCAGGGUGGCGGGGAACCUGGAGUCUAUCCCAGGCAACAUGGGGCACAAGGUGGGGUAAACCCUGGACAUGGUGCCAAGCCAUUGCAGGGCACAAUCACACAGACGUGCACAUACCACAGACACUUUUGGACAUGCCAAUCAGCCUACAGCACAUGUCUUUGGACUGGUGGGGUAAACCGGAGUACCUGGAUGAAACUCCCAAAGCACAGGGAGAACAUGCAAACUCCACACACAGAGGGCAGUGGCAGGAAUCAAAGCCCCAACCCUGGAGGUGUGAGGCAAGCGUGCUAACUACUAAACCACCAUGCUCCGAGGAAUGGCAUUUCCUGAUGUAGUUCUUAUCAGUGUUUCUCAUCUUGGAUGGAUUCAAAUCUGCAGAGUCUUCUUUUUCCUCUUCAAAAUCCCCUUAUUAAUUUAUUCAGAUCAUUAUUAACCCCUUAUGGUACGAGCUCUCAGUUAUGGGGUCACAAUCCAACAUUAUAGAUGAGAUGCAGACUGUAGUUCUAUGCAAAUAAACCAGAUCUAAAGAAGAUUUCAUAAUAAUUAAAUUGUGCAGAAACACAAUUUUAUCAGGAAGUAAAAACAAAUUGGGAAGGGUUCUACCAGGUUACUUGUAGUCAGCAGUUAAGGGAAAUCACAUAAGGAUCGCAGCCUAGUUUAUACAGUAGACUUUGUGAAAGUAUCAUUUAUUCUCUUUCAAGGUAAUGUGACUUAUCCAGUUCAUUAGUAAAUAGAAUAAAUGUGUGAGCUACAGUAGACUGUAUUCGAGCAGUAUGCAGUCUUACAGGCAGAGCACACACACAGUGGAUAUUUGUGGUAACUUCCCUGUCCUUUGUUGGGACACACACCCUCCCAUUUCCUCUCGCCCUCCCUCUCUCUCUUAACCACUCCUUUUCACUUCAGCAGAAGUGAAACUAAAACUCCUCCGUCCUUGUGUGUGUGUGUAACUGAGUUAGCUGUCUGAAAAUUUUUUAGUUUUUUUCUUUCUUUCUUCUUUUUACCCUUUUGGUUGACAUUACAACCCAGAUUUUAUGUCACACGUCUUUUCUUUUUGAACUGAGCAAAGUGAAAUGGCGGAGACGAAUAUUUUAGGACUUCAGGAUCAGUUCAGCUGUCCAAUCUGUCUGGAUCUACUCAAGGAUCCAGUGACUAUUCUCUGUGGACACACUUUCUGUAUGGUGUGUAUUAAUGGCUGCUGGGAUCAGGAGGAUCAGAAGGGAGUCUAUAGCUGUCCUCAGUGUAAAGAAACCUUCACUCCAAGACCUGUUGUGAGUAAAAACGCUGUUCUGGCUGAAGUAAUGGAGAAACUAAUGAUAGAACACCAAGCUAGACGUCCUGCUCACUGUUCCACUGUAACUGAAGAGUGUGAUAUCUGCACUGGGAAAAAAUCCAAAGCCAUCAAGUCCUGUCUGGUGUGUCUGGCCUCUUUCUGUGAAACUCACCUCCAGCCUCACUAUAAAUCUCCUGCCUUUAAGAAGCACAAGCUGGUGGAAGCCUCCAGACGACUCCAGGAGCAGAUCUGCUCUCAGCAUGACAAACUGCUGGAGGUUUACUGUUGCAAUGAUCAGCAGUGUAUCUGCAUGUUGUGUAUGUUAGAUACACAUAAAGGACAUGAUACAGUAUCAGCUGCAGAAGCAAGCGCUGAGAAAAAGAAGCAGCUGUUGAAGACACAGAGAAAAUGUCAGCAGAGAAUCUUGGAUAGAGAGAAGGAGCAUCAGGAGCUAUCAGAAGCUGUGGAGUUUUAUGAGCGCUCUGCACAAAAAGCAGUUCAGGAAAGUGAGAGGAUCUUUACGGAGCUGAUCAGAUCCAUCGAGAGAAGACGUUGUGAGGUGACAGCGCUGAUCAGAGCUCAGGAGAAAGCUGCAGUGAGCCGAGCUGAAGAAGUCAUGAAGCAGCUGGAGCAGGAGAUUGCAGAGAUGAAGAGGAGAGACUCUGAGCUGGAGGAGCUUUCACACACGGAUCCCAUCCAUUUCCUCCAGAGUUUCCCCUCUCUUUUGGACAUUCCUGGAUCUGCAGACGUACACUCCAUCGAGCUCAGUCCUUUCCUCUCUCUUGAGGAUGUAACAGCGUUUGUGUCUCAACUGAGGGACAAAGUGGAAAAGUUCUGCUAUCAGGAGUUCAGAAUGGUAUCAAAUGCAGUAAAAGAAAUCCAGAUUAUUCCUCUUCCUGAACCCAAAAGCAGAGAAGAGUUCCUACAGUAUUCCUGCCAGUUCACACUGGACCCGGACACGGUAAAUAAACACCUCUGUCUGUCUGAGAGGAACACAGUGGUGACCUGCAGUGAAACACCACAAUCCUAUUCUGUUCAUCCAGACAGAUUUGACUGUUAUCUCCAGGUGUUGUGUACAGAGAGUGUGUGUGGACGCUGUUACUGGGAGCUCGAAUGGAGCGGACAUCAUGGCGUUUCUAUAGCAGUGUCGUAUAAAAACAUCAGCAGGAAAGGAAAAGGUACUGAAUGUUUGUUUGGCCGAAACGACCAGUCCUGGAGAUUGUUUUGCUAUCCCUCCUGCUACUCGUUCAGACACAUUAAAAAAGAAAUUAAAAUCCCAGUAAUGCCCAGCUCCUCUAGAAUAGGAGUGUAUGUGGAUCACAGGGCAGGGAUUCUGUCCUUCUACAGCGUCUCGGACACGAUGAAGCUCCUCCACAGAGUUCACACCACGUUCACUCAGCCUCUUUACCCCGGGUUUGUGGUUUGUAAAGGAUCAGCUAUUAAACUGUAAUCAUCAGAGACAUUUAUGAAAUAAAUUGUUUAUCUAGAAUGGAUGCGAAAUCGUUAACUUUGACGAACAAUUAUUGUUUUUCAUUGUAGUUAUUCUUACUUUUUGAUAUUAUCAGUAUUGUAUGGAAUUUAUCUUUCAGACUUACUGGGGCCUUUUAAUCAUUUCUCAAGAUCCAUGUGUUAAUGAAAACCUCCUCAUUGGACAUUUAUUAUGUCCAGGACUGUGUUUGCAGGGCUAAAGAGACAGUGUUAUCUUUGCGCUGACCUGGAAUGGGAUGUUCAACAAGCACAUAAGGACGUGAUGGUCAGGCGUCCACAUACUUUUGGCCAUGUAGUGUAAUUCUGAUAUGUAAAAAAAAAAAAAAGAUUAAAAACCAUAAACAGUG